AGAGAUAGCAACCGCGCCACCUACGUUAGUGAGUACCCGCGAGCCGCAAAACCAUCAACUUCGUUUCAUUUGCCAGCGUCAAGUUCGUGCCGCGCAUUUUCUCAUCAAUAUUUCCUUCGUAACCUCCCCAAAGUUUAUGAGAAACAUUUCGUGCGAAUCGUUUAAGUUGCUGAACAGUCGCUAGUUGUUUUAACACAGUGCUUGUGAUUUUUGGAAAUCUCUCCGUUCAAGGAUUCCAACGUAUGCCCGAUUACCACCCUAGAGAUAGCCUUGUUUACAUUCCAGGCAAAUGACUCUGCUGUGAGGAAGGGUGCCAUCUGGGAACAUGACAGUAUCAGGCUGCAGUAGUGAUGAGGACAUAUCGCAAUGUUACCAUGUCGCAAUGUCACCGGACACAGAGAGCAACCAGCAGACGGCUGCCAGACUGUUUGGCUCUCAGUCGCCGUAUCUGCUGAAACAACAUGGUCUUGUGGAUGAGAACGAGAGCAACUGGCUGAUGACGAUGAACGAGGCUGCGUCGGUUUGCUGCACCCCAUCGAACCUCCGACGGCGUCUCCCGAUCCUGUCGUGGGUUCCCACCUACACCACCAACACCCUCCUCAGGGACUUCAUCGCUGGCCUCACCGUCGGCCUCACCGCCAUCCCUCAGGGCAUCGCCUACGCCGUGGUAGCCGGACUUCCGCCCCAGUAUGGGCUGUACUCUGCUUUUGCGGGCUGCUUUAUGUACAUAUUUUUUGGUAGCUGUAAGGACAUAACGAUUGGGCCGACGGCGAUUAUGGCCCUGAUGACCGGCAAAUAUGUUAAACUAUACGGACCGGCCUUCUCUGUUCUCCUCACUUUUCUCAGCGGCUGUAUAAUUUUACUUUUUGGAGUUUUACAUUUAGGUUUUUUAGUUGAAUUUAUUUCUUUGCCGGUGACUGUUGGCUUCACUUCUGCAGCAGCUCUCACUAUUGCCUCCUCUCAGAUCAAACCUUUAUUUGGGUUGUCAGGCUCAUCAAACUCAUUCAUGUCUAGUCUUGAGAAUUUAUUUGCUAAUUACAAAACAUUCACCAUAGGGGAUUCAGCUCUUGGACUUGUCACUAUCAUAAUUUUAACAGCGAUCCAUCAUUUUAAACCGCGAGCUCCAUGUCAAGAGGAGGUGACUACUGCUCGGAAAAUUCUUCAUAACUUCUUAUGGCUUUUUGGUCUCGCAAAAAACGCCAUUGUGGUUCUAAUAGGAACGGUGUUGGCUUUCAUAUUCUUUCAAAAUGGAUUCCAGCCAUUCAAACUGACAGGUCCAGUAGACAGUGGUCUUCCUCCAUUUCAACCCCCACCAUUCAGCACAGUUGUACAUAAUAAAACCCUCUCAUUUUUUGACAUGACUUCACGAUUAGAGUCAGCUCUCAUUGCAGUGCCUAUGGUUUCAGUAUUAGAACACAUUGCCAUUGGCAAGGCAUUCGCAAAGGGAAAAAGUAUUGAUGCAACUCAGGAGAUGAUUGCUGUUGGACUCAGUAAUAUUCUAGGAUCCUUUUUCUUGUCUCUCCCAACAACUGGCUCUUUCACUCGCACGGCAGUCAACAAUGCAUCUGGAGUAUGCACACCACUUGGCGGCUUGUUCACUGGAGUUUUGGUGUUAUUGUCACUGAGCUUCCUUACUUCUACGUUUUUCUUCAUUCCAAAAGCAACAUUGGCUGGAGUCAUUUUCUUUGCUAUGUUCCACAUGAUAGAAUAUAAAAUUGUCUACACACUUUGGCAUACAAAAAAGCUUGACUUAAUUCCUCUUUUUGCCUCCUUGCUCUCGUGUCUGCUGCUAGGAUUGGAGUAUGGAAUGUUAAUCGGCAUUCUAGUCAAUAUUUUAUUCAUUCUCUAUAGCUCAGCAAGACCAAAAGUCUCCCUAACAUGGCUUACUGUACAAGGUGAAGAAGUAUUACUGGUCACGCCAACCCAGAGUUUAGUUUUCCCUGCCGCAGAUUAUCUAAGACAACUCAUAAUCGACAGUUGUCAUCUACGAAACAGUUUAGCUCCGGUCGUUGUUUAUGGCACACACAUUCAUUUUAUAGAUUCUACGAUGGCUAAAGGACUAAAAUUAUUAAUAGACGACUUAAUUAUCAGAAAACAACCUAUCUACCUUUGGAGGUGGAGAGAAGCUGCAAUGCUGACAUGCCUGGGAUUCGAUCCUGACCUAGCUCAGUAUUUUAAAUUCGAUGACUCUAUCGAACAGCUCAUAAAAGGCCCAGAAAUCUUUGCACAACCGGAAUCAGAUCAAGAUAUCCUGAGCGUAUAUCUGGGACCUACAGUAACAAGUUCAGCUCCUGAUCUCACAUGAUUGAUAUCUGUUGCCUUGAGUAUAUUACGAAGAGUAUUUUCGAAAAAAUAAAUUAUUCCACUCAUUAAAAUCUUCCCUGAUUUUGGAAGGAUUCAGGGAAGAGCAAAAGAGAGACUGACGACAAUUUCAUCCAAAAAUGAUCCAAGGAGGAACUUUUUACCUCCAUUGGAUUUUGGAUAGCUUUAUGUUCUUUGGAGAACAAGUAUAAAUGAGCCGGUUGUUUAUUAUGAGAUUCAAAUGGGAUGAUAAUGAAGAGGUGAUUGCAUACAAUAUUCGUUGCUCAGGGACAGCUCAUUUCCUGAUCGCAAUCUCUCCCAAUGCAAUAGUUCACUGAAAUGGAGUAUUCUAGACUUUAAUUUUACUGAGGUCAACCUAACAGCCAUAUACCUGAAUAGUUUUAAGUUUUUAAAUGAUGUGAUUGAUAACGUGAAUUAAGCUUGAAGUCAAAUGAAGUAUUUCAUAUUUUACGAAAGAACGAAUGAAUCUUGACGGGACACUGUCAGAAGCGAAUUAAUGAAAUAUUUUAAUACACGAGGAAAAAAACACCUGGAGAAUGGCUUAAGCAUAACUAUAGAGGCAGGAUGCUACCAACUGGACGUAUUUCUGCUCAACAGAACUAUAGACGAGUGGGAAAGAUGGGAUGUGCCCUAGAAAGCUGGAUAAGUUAAAUCUUAAAGUGGGCGUGAUUAACUUUGGUGAAAUGGAAAAGCAGGAUUUAACAUUCUACCAAACAGAACUAAGCGCCAACUGUAUGCGGCACUCAUGAGCCGUGGGUAUGCGCCAAGAGCUUUGUGGAAAGGGCUCAAAAGUUAAAGACUCAGAUCCGAAGAUCGUUGUCUCCGUCGUUGCCACUAACGUCACUGGUGCUUUAUAAUUCCCAUUCAUUCUUACGGUCCUCGACUAACGAGCACAGCCCAUCUUUCCCACCUGAUCUCGUAGUGGUGGUUCCCUUUGUUAAACCUGAGCCUUGUCAACCUUUCAUCAGUAGCAUCAAUGUCCUUCGAUAUUUUAUCAGGGAAUGUUCCUUUAUUUUUUAUAUUCACCUUGUUUUUUAAGUUUGGUUUUAUAACAUUGUGUUCAGAGAAAAUGAAGAAUUUUGAACCUUAAUAACAGACAGGUAACUUUGAUCAUACUUCUAUGCUGAUAUUUGUAUUAUUUUGGCGUUAAACUUGGAAAAAGCGCGAGGGGUAAGUAGGUGAGCAGAGAACUGUGAAAACUCUGUAGAGAAAAUUUCAGGAAGGGCUAAAACUUCAUAACAAUUCCAAAAAAGGCCAAUUCAAAAAACAUUAGUUCAAAAUAGGUUUGGAAAUCGGUAUGACCUGAUGUGCAUAAUUUUUUGGCCAUCCUAGAUUUUGGGAUUCUUUGUUUUUAAUUCUUUGGAAUUCAUACAAAUCCAAUUAGCUCCAAUGAAUUCACAUAGUUUAGAUUAGCAGUUUUGGAUCUAUAGUUAAAUGAAUCGGGCCAAAAUGUAAGACAGUCCACUGACAAUACACGAUGCAUAAAAUUCUGCAUCUUAUUCCUACGAAGUUAUAUUUUGUGUUAAUAUUCCUCUGCUCAAGAUACAAAAUGUUAGAUGAUUUUUUUAUGUUUUAAAUUGAUAAACUAAUUAAUUUGUUAUGUGCGUUUGCAUACUUUGUUUGUGAAUAAAGUUUAAAAGAAUAAAAUGUAUUCUCUUA